GUAGCACAUCUGUCUGUUCUGGUUAUUGCUCAUAAUAAAUUUAUUAAAGUUCGCACUUUUUUUUUCUUUCUGUUAUAUUUUAAGCUUUGCAGGUCGCACCUUAUUUUAGUUUGCAUAAAAAAAAAAAUAGAAAAUGUUAUCACAGGAAAUUUUUUUAUUUUGCAGUCAACCUUUUUCGAGAAGAAAUUUUUUUUAAUGUGUGCUUUGACUUACGAAUAAUUAAAGUGGAUAAGGCGUCAAUGACUGCAAAAAUACGUAAAACGUUGACAUUUUGUUCCAUCUUGACUUCUUUAUAGAACACCAGUAAUCCGGCUUUUUUAACAAUAUUUUAAAUUAGCUGAUAUUUUUAGGUUUAGUCGACAUAAAUAAUAUCAAUCUUAAUGCUGCUUUCUCUGACGUCAUCAAGGUCACGUGAUAGCUAGUUAAUGGAAAAGAAAUACAAUGAAGAUCAAUCUCUGCUACAUGAGGAUAAUGAUUUAUCUGAUCACAAUGAAAAAUUUUACACGAUUAAUCAAUGCAUUGAACAGUUGGGUUUCGGUUGGUUUCAAGUUAAACUUACAUUUCUUGUCGGUUUCAGCUGGAUGGCCGAUGCAAUUGCUAUCACAUUGUUAGCUGUUUUGGGACCAUCUGUACAAUGUUAUUGGAAUUUAACAGCUGAAGAGACAGCACUGAUAUCAACAAGCGUAUUUACUGGCAUGUUUUUUGGUUGCUGGUUUUGGGGUUGGAUAUGUGAUUCAUUCGGCAGAAAAAUGGCCAUUUCAUGUAGUAUGGUCUGGAUUGGUGUGUUUGGCACAUUGAGUGCACUUUCACCUAAAUAUGUAUUAUUGCUUACAUCAAUGGCGUUGCAAGGUUUUGGUGUAGGUGGUGUUGGACAGUCCAUCACAAUGUAUUCUGAAUUUCUUCCAUCAAAAUUCAGAGCGGCUGGUGUGGUGUUUAUAAACGUAUUUUACGUACUUGGCAAUGUAUGUUCAGCCAUGAUAGCAUUGCUAACGAUGCAUUCUCUUGGAUGGAGAUGGUUUAUAAUAUGUUCAUGUGUGCCGAUAUUUAUUUUUAUUUUAAUUUCGUGGUGGAUGCCAGAAUCACCAAGGUUUUUAGUAGCUGCUGGAAAAGAAGAAAAGGCAACAAGAGUUUUAGAAAGAAUAGCAAAAGAUAAUAAGAAACGUUUACCUGAAGGACGCUUUAAAAAAAUUCCUUGUUACCUCCGGAAACCACGUGGUAGAGUAAGUCAAUUAUUAGAGAGUGAUCAUAAACGGACAACACUUAUCUUGUGGGUAUUAUGGUUUACUUCUGUAUUCUCAUAUUAUGGUAUCAUACUCUGCACGACCAUUUUGUUGAAUAAAGAAGGUACAAGCUGUGGUGUUGGAAAAUUAGAUGCUACAAAUGUACCAAUGUUGAUAAGUAACGGCACGAUAUACAGACGAAAUAAUUGUCAUGCUAUGACAACAAAUGAUUACUUAGGUUAUUUACUUACUGCACUUGGUGAAAUACCAGGUUUAAUUAUAACUUUCUUGCUGGCCGAGAAAGUUGGAAGAAAAAAUGCGAUGGCUUUUUUAUUCUUCGGAUCAGUCGUAUCCAUAUCAUUUCUUCAUUUAUGUUUAAAAAAAUUACCUCUUGUUUUACUCAUCUUCGUAUUGAGAGCAUUCCUAACUGGGAUAGUUCAAAGUGUUUAUCUCUACACACCAGAGGUAUAUCCAACUAAUAUAAGAGCGGUCGGUCUUGGAACAGCAAGUGCAAUGGCAAGGCUAGGAGCUAUAUUGACACCGUUCGUGUCUCAAGUAAUGUUGGAAAAGUCUCCACACGUAGCAAUUUUUACUUACUCUAUCCUUCUUUUUAUAUGCAUCGGGGGAUCUUUUAUGCUUCCUAAGGAAACGAAGGGUAAAACUUUAGAGGUAAGAAACAUUCAAUUUUUGCCACUCAUUAGGAGUUUCGUAAUAAAAACUUGGUAAUUUUUGAAAUACUUCACGUAUUACGAAAGAAACUUCACAAAAUCAGAGAAGCUUUUUAGGCAUUUUUAUUAAAAAAAAAUUACUCGAUUUGGGAAGAAUUUCACGCAAUCCAACAAAAUAAUUUAAAAGAAGUUUCAACUAAUUCGACACAAGUACUUUGCUCAAUUUGUAGGUCUUUAAUGAAUUUUAAAAAAAAUUCGCAAUGACGAUUUUUAAUUUUGCCUAAAUCCACCCUAAUCCCCACAUAAGUGUCAUAAAAAUUUCUUUGAUAGAAAAAAAAAAUUUUUUUAAUGGAUUAGGUUUUGGAAACUAAUUAUUUUCGCGAACAGCAAGUUUCUCAAUCCUUUCGCGGAAACUAAUAUACGAAAAACCGACAAAAAGUUGCAAAUUUCGCAGAAAUUAUUUCCCACGAAACAAAAUUACCUUAUGGCUCAUUUCUAUUUGGCUGCCCUUUCCGCUAGAGCUAAAAAAGCUCACGAGUUUAAAGCACGCACGCGCUAAUGAGACAACUCGUGAGUUUUCGCUAUCGCGGAAAUUGCAACCAAAUGGAAAUAAGCCCUUAAGUAUGACCAAAUGAUAAGUUAUUUUGGCGCGCCCAAAACAUAUUACUGCGCGUAGUGUAGUAGAUUCACCUGCGCUCUCAGUUCUGGCGACCGCGAAUUGAUUCCCGCUUACUGCCGCGAAGUAUGUUAGCGAUUAAUAAGUAGCUCUACUUCAAUUUGCAUAAUAUACUUCUGAAAUAGCGUGAAUUAUUUCUCAUAUUGCGUGAAAUGACUUACCAGGACGUUUUUUUCCCGUUAUUAUUGGUCUAAAAUCAGCGAGAUCGAUAGAAAGUCAUGUUAAAUU